UAAGUACCAUAAACGAUAUUAUUUAUUUUAAAUUACGUUUUAAAGCCAAAGAUCGUAUUUAUUGGCGAAAAUAUUGCGAUUUCUUCUCGACUAUUAUAUUUUUUGUUACGCUUUCAUCAUUUUCAAUUCAUAAUUUAUGUCGCGAUCGUUUUCGUUUUGGUUGCAUUUCGGGACAUUUUGAUGAAAAAAUGGCUUUUUGGUAUAAAAUUAAGAAUUAAUAAAAUGUCAUCUAGAAAGAAAGUAUUACUAAAAGUUAUAAUACUUGGAGACAGUGGAGUUGGAAAAACAUCCUUAAUGAAUCAGUAUGUCAAUAAGAAAUUCAGUAAUCAGUACAAAGCCACAAUAGGUGCAGAUUUCUUAACGAAAGAAGUAACAGUUGACGACAGAUUGGUUACAAUGCAGGUAAUGAUAAUCACUAACUACAAUUUAAGGCAAGACUCAAACUUUCACCACAUCUUUUGAUUGCUAAGAAUUUUUUUACAUAUAUACAAAUAUUAAGCAUAAAUACAGUUUCUUUCAAAUACAAUUACUGUGUAAAUAUGUGACUGGAAGGUCGUCAUCUUUCGAUGCCAUGUCAGGAUGACACCACUGUGUCCCAUUCGACACAGAAGUCAUGAUGGUAAAUUUUUUUUUUGUUAGAAACUAUGUUUUGCGAGCAGUUGUGUGCUUGAGCGAUUGGAUUCCAGGUGGAGAUCUAUGAGACAGUGCGAAAAAAGUAAUGCACUGAGAUACUAAGUUUAACAAACAAAUAACUGUUUAUUUGAAAAGAAAAAGGUUUACAUGAUAUAUACAUUGUAGUAUGUCGAAAUAACUGACCUAUAUACCAUAGGUGGUCACAAGAGAGAGCAUUUACAGUAGAGCAUGCAAGGAUAAAUACCUUCUAGAGGAGUGGUUGCAGGCUGGGUUGAUAAGAUAAAAGUUCUCGAAGAUAGUUUGUAUUCUAUAAAUCCAUCGUAGAAGAUAUGAUCAUACACGAGAAGGAUGAAGUAUCUGUGGAGAUUGUGAAAAUAUCCAUUGAUGCAGAGCCAAUGUAUCCGGCAAUAGAAUAAAUUGAUGUCUCUGAAAGGACUAACUGAGGCACACAAACAAACGAUUGACCUGCUUGAGGAACUGGUGAUGACUGACUCAUCGGGCUGUCAAUUUUUAUAUUAAAAUUGGUGGCAUAUGGCUGGGAGGUUAAAAGAUUGUGGGAAAGCAUUGCUUUUGCCAUCAAGAACAUGUAAAACAAGAUGUUCUCAGGUAGUAGUUGACAAUUAUCAAAAUAUAUAUGACAAAAUUGUGUUUUUUUUGGUUGAAGUCCAGGUUCCCACAAAUAUUAUAUUUAACAUCUCAACACAGGUGCAAGAUAUGGCUUUAUGAGAUUCAAAUACUGUAAAUACAUACUCAUGUUUCUAUGUUGAAAGUAAUUUAAAACAUAAUUAAGGGAAAUAUUUAACAUUAUUCACUAAUGCUGAUUUAAUACUAUCUAGUAAAAACUAACUUACC